ACAGUAGAGAGGAUCACCCUCCAGUGCACACGAGCUCUCUCUCCCUCUCUCACUUUCUCUCUCACUCGCCCACUUACUCAGUAUCGUUUCAUCUCUUACUCCCUCCCUCUCCCUCCCUCUCUCUCUCUCUCUCUCACACACACUCUCAGUCGCUGUGCUCUGACGGAUGGGGAUACACUGCCAAGGAGUUAGGGGCAAGAAGAGUGUGUUUCUUUUCUUCUCUGGCGUGUUUUCUUUCUCUUCCGCCUGGCUUCCCUCAUGAGCUGUUGAUUCCAGCCCCGGUCCUGAGGAUGAGGAGGAUCUAUUGGUGAAGAAGAGGCAACAAAGGAAGAGGAAACAAGGAGCAACAGGGUGCUAAAUUCUGCGAGCGGGAGUGAGCGAGAAGAUCCUUUCUUUUUCUCCCGGAUCAAGCAAGGAGUCCUGACUCCCAGCAGCAGCCAUGUGAGAGGAGCUGUCAACAAGCAAAGGAUGCCCACGUCCAGCUAAAGCAGAGCAGCCCCCUCCCCCUCCCUCCCUUCCUCCCACUCCCUCCCUUCCACUCCCUCACUUCUUCUUCCCACAUGAGGACGAGAAGAUGACUAUCACCAGCCGGCAGUCCUUCAAUGUCCUGACGGUCAUCUUCCUCCUGCUGUCCACUGCAGCCCUCUCAGCUCACUAUCGAGUGUGUGAACCCUACUCCGACCACAAGGGGCGUGACCACUUUGGGUUUCACUGCCCACGCCUCUCAGACAACAAGACCUACAUGUUCUGCUGCCACCACAACAACACCGCCUUCAAAUAUUGCUGCAACGAGACUGAGUUCCAGAUGGUCAUGCAGAUCAACCUCACCACCACCUCAGAUGGUUACGCACACAAUAAUUAUACGGCUCUGGUCGGCGUGUGGAUCUACGGCUUCUUCGUCAUGGUGCUGCUGGCACUGGACUUUCUGUACUACUCAGCCAUAAACUACGAGCUCUGCCGGGUCUACCUGGAGAAAUGGGGUCUGGGAGGACGCUGGCUGAAGAAGGCUCGGAGUCAGUGGCACAGAUCCAUGCCAGAGGAGAGCGAAGCCCAGGCUCAAGCCCAGCCUAUGGUCCCCAGCCACUACCAGCCCCGACACAGCCUCAGAGGGGAGAGCCACAGCCCCACUCUCCUUCCCUACAACACAUCCACCGCAUGAAUGAUGCUGCGAGUGGACAAACUGAAGAGUAGCAACACCUUGUUUCCUUACGUGGUCCAGAGGAGAUGCCCCACGGAUUCCCCUUUCUGGACAACUGACACAAACACAAGUGGUGGGCUAGCCAUACUUUAGUAAUUACUAGUGACUACUGCCCCUUUCUAAUGAGCACAAAACACCCAUUGAUUCACAGAAGCAGGCUGAUGUGACACUUAGAAACCCAGCUGAACAAAGGCUGCCAGGAAACACGGAGGACCGUACUGCUGCUGCCAGCAGAGGUGCGACAGCCACAUUUAACAGCUCACAAGUGUUCAGUGAAAUGGCCGCCAAGGCUUGGAGUAUCCCAAACAAACCAGAGCUGAACUGGAUAAACUUUACUCGCAAGCGAGGAGGCUUGCCUCUUUUUUUUUUUUUUUUUAAAGCUCAUCUUUCUAGAUAUGAAAUGUUUAUUACCCUGCUGUGUCGGUUUGUGUUCAGUAGCAGUUAGACACAGUUGUGGGUUAUCUAUUUGGUGAUUUAUUUAUGUGAAGUAGUCAGAGAAAUAUAUGAGUGGUUAACAUUCGGAACAUGUAACAGUUUAGGUUGAUGCUGAGCAUCUCACUUAGAGUAGAAUGUUUUUGUUACUUACAGAAACUAGACACAAAAUAUCUCUGCAGCCAUGUUGAAAAACAAUAUCUUGUAUGAAAUGUUUUAGGUCUCUUUUCUGCAAACCAAGUGAUUUCUCUAUGUUGUAACGUGUCUGACAAGGACACAACGCCAUACAGUUAAACUGUUGUAGAUCUAAAGGUUUUACAUUAGGUCAUCAAGACCUCUCUUCAGUUGAGUGAUGGUGAGGAAAGGGAUCUUGACUCUUAAUAUGUUAUUCACCCAAAACAUUAAUGAGGAUCAGGGAUGCUUUCACAACAGCAAAAGAGCUUUAUGCUCCAUAACCAUAACCGUAACCCUUGCUUUGCUCCUACAAGCCCAUUAAAGACCAUCACUUAUAAAGUUAGUGUGAGAUAGUUGCCUCUGUAACCUCAUCCUCAGCCCUUCCUCAUUACCGGAGCUGCCUGAAAAACAGCUCCACUAGCAAUAUGAUGCAAAUGAAUAUCCAUUUGGUUCCUUUGUAAGGAGCCCUCUAUAUACCUAACAUUGGUAAUAGAAAAUUGUGAGUGAUUAGCCAUAAUAGAAAAUGUAAAAAUCCAUUAAAUCCCCCUUCACUGUCAGCAAUAAUGUACAGUAGCUUAAUCAGAAGAAUGACAUGGUAUAUAAAAGUCAGAGAGGCCAGCCAAAUGAGCACUGGGUAAUCACUGAGGUGUAUCACAGAGGUUUCAGCUCGGUUUACAGUUAAUAAGAAGGUGAAGUUGAUGAAACUGACAUAUUUCAACCAUUUCUGUGUCAGCUUUGUGCGGAGAAAAGUGAAAACAAUUAUCACAUCUUUUACUUUAGAGCUGCAACUAAUUAUUUAUUUAAUUAUUGAUUCAUCUGCCAAUUAUUUUCUUAAUGAAUCAUUAAAUCAUUUUGUCUAUAAAAUAAGAAAAAAUUGCCUGUGGCAAUUUCCAGUCAGGUAUUCAUUACUUGUUUAAUUCAGUCCAAACCCCAAAGAUUAUCAUUCUAGUAUCAUAUAUGACAUAGAAAAGCCUAAAAUCCUCACAUCUGGAACCAGUGAAACCUUAAAAAAGACUAACUUUUUAAUGAGUUAUCAAAUAACAAUCAUCUACAUUUGCAACUAAAGAUUAAUUUGAUCACUGUUUAAUCCGCUAAUUAUUUUCUCUAUCAAUAAAUCAUUUGGUUUAUGAAGCGUCAGAAAAUAAUGAAAAACAAUAUUCUUAAAAUUACUUGCUUUGUUCAACCAGCAGUCCAGAAUCAAAAAUAUUCAAUUAACUGUCACAUCAGACAAAGAGAAGCAACAAAUCAUCACAUCAAGGAGUUGAAACUAGGGCUUGAAAAAUUACUUUUUUGAAAUUGAAUUCAAAUAGGGCACUAUUAGAUAAAUUGAUUGAUCGUUUCGGCUCUACAAUCCUCACAUUUAAAGGCAAAGUUAUUACUUCACCCCCAAAAUCUGAAUUAACUGAGAUGCAUCCUCUGUAAUGCAUAUAAUGCUGUCCUUUCUGUCUGAGAACAAACAAAGCAGCUGCUGGUGCCAGACUGUAAGUGAGCGACAGUGUGUGAAGACCAGGCGGACAGGCAGUAGGCACAGUAGGCGAGGGGUGUCUGUCCCAAUCAUGCAUCUGUAACUGGUAAUCUGGCAGCUGCCGAGCAUGCACGUGUACACAAUCUCUGGUCCCUGCACACAUAGCAGUGUCCUGGCUGAAAGCUAACAGGAGACACCGUCUUGACUCGACACAAAAAAAUGUGCGGAUGGAAACAAGCCAGCCACGAGACUUGGGUGUUGUCAUCAUACUUAUCCUCUGUGUGGACCCUCUCAACAGAACUCUGGUCAAGUGCUGUGAGCGAGCCCUGCCAGCGUCAUCCUCAGUUAUCAGCAAUAAUAUUCACAUUUGCUGAGUUGUUGGAGCAAGUUAAUUCCCAUUUCAACGGCUUAGUUUAAUUGCGUGUGCGCCCCAGCAGGCUUGUGCCAUAGCUUUCAGGAGCAGAGGAAUAGGAUGUGUCCAAGGGAAAUAAUUGGCCCAAAGAUCAGCAGUGGUUUUAAAUUACACUUUCUUGCUCUCUCUCUGCAGCUGCCUCCUUAGUGUGAACAGCAGCAGCAAACAAGGAGGAGAUUUUUCUAACAGGUGCAGCAGCACAAAGGGGAUUUAAUUGCUGGCCGAUGCUGGAUAAGUGUGGGAAAAAUCUGAUAUGUUAGAGAACACGUCGCUUUUCAGGGCUUAAUGCUGUGUGUUCUGACCUGUAAUAAGGCACAUAAGGUCUGUUCUUAUCACCAAUAAAGUCAUAGUUACACCCAGGGGGGUAAAAAAAACAACUUCGUUUUGCCUCUGACAAGCAGUAGCAGGGUCAAAAAAUGGAUUCCCUCAAGAAGACACAUACGAGGAAUCUCUUAAAAUUUCUUAAAAUGUUACAACUUGGUUUUGUGAUGUUUUCUGUUUUGUUGAAAACAGUCUUGACUCUGACCUGAUGUGAUGUGGUACUGUAAAUUGUAUCAGCUCAACCCUCUUCCCAAAUACAAAAAAAAGAAAAACCCAAACAAACAUAGAAAAAAAGGAUGGGAAGAAGGGAACUCACAUCUGUUUCAGUCUCUCCAGGUUGUCAUGGUAAUAGUUGCCUUACAGUUGAAUACCCACCUGUACACAGAAACUUUGUAGUGGUUGAUACCUCACUUUUUGGGUGUGGUGGUGAUGGUAAUGUGCACCACAUUCUGUCUAUGUAUUUACUACUAGAUAGAAAGUUCAGUACCGUUUUCAGUUGGAUUGUUAUUGCACUUGUUGACUUUGUAUUGUCACGACAGGGAGAAAUAAAGUUUUAUCUUUUCCAGUGUG